AUGCUCAAGACCCUCGUCGCCCUCGCGACCGCUCAGCUGGCCGUCGGCCAAGAGCUGAUGCGCUUCGGCUGCUCCCAGCUCACCCUGGACCGCAUCGACCCGCUGGUCAACCCCGGUGCCGUGCCCUCGCCCCACAUGCACCAGAUCAUCGGAGGCAACUCCUUCAACGCCAGCAUGGACCCCACCAGCCUCGACCCGCCCCGCGAUGCUAGCUGCACCACCUGCUCCUUCGCCGAGGAUUUCUCCAACUACUGGACCCCCAACCUGUACUUCAGGGCCCGCAACGGCACUUUUAAGCACGUCCCCAUCUUCGCCAACUUGGGUCUUGGCCAGAUCCAGGGCGGCAUGACCGUCUACUACAUCCGCGGCUACAGGGCCGCCGACAAGGUCACCACCUUCAAGCCUGGCUUCCGCAUGCUUGUCGCAGUCGCCCUUCGGCGGCGCCCCUGCACGGGAACCGACACCACCACCUUCCCCAAGGAGCCCUGCGGCGGAGGCUGGCGUGUCACCGUCACCUUCCCCAGCUGCUGGGACGGCAAGACCCUCGACACCCCCAACCACAUGGACCACAUCGCCUACCCCUCCCAGGGCACCUUCGAGACCGGCGGCGCCUGCCCCUCGACCCACCCCGUCAAGAUCCCCCAGGUCAUGUACGAGAUCAUGAUGGACACCACCGCUUUCAACGACCCCAGCGAGUGGCCCGAGGACGGCUCCCAGCCUUUCGUCUGGGCCAUGGGCGACACCACCGGUGCCGGUAUCCACGGUGACUACCUCUUCGGCUGGAAGGGCGAUGCCCUCCAGAGGGCCAUGGACAUGAAGUGCAACGGUGUCAACUGCCCCGGCAUGGAGCGCCAGACCGACGCCGUCUCCAACGCUUGCGCCAAGGCCCAGAUCGCCUCCGAGCCCGUUGGUGAUGAUGGCUCUCCAGACAACCAUUCGUCCCUCUCAUUCACACGAUCCGGCUUCAACCCCUCUCCCACCGACGCGAUCAUCGUUCGUUUGAUUCUCCGUGGCCUGAGGCUCAACCGCCUCAACGUCAAUAUCCCUCUCGAAAUAGCCCUGCAAAUUGCCCACUUUGCCGACUACAACCCGCGCAUUGCGUGUCGCCGCGCCGCGUCAAGGAACAGCCACACCUGGUUUGAGGCAUCCAUCCUACGGCCCACGACACCCGACGCACCGCCACCACCCGGUAUGGGCGUUGGCGGUUAUGAGUUUGCCGACAGGGUAGAGGUCGCUGACUACAGGGGGUCCCUCAACUCAUUAGGUUGGGAUUUGGUCCUAAAUGGUGAGAAGGCCGGCUGGCUGGUUCACCACAACAUCACCGCCUCUGAAGAGCUUAAUAAUUACCGAACUGAUUGGAACACGGGCGUUGUGUUGAAAUUGGAGGGUCCACCAUCGAUGGGAGACGGCGUUGGUUUCUUGGACUCGCUUCAGGCUGGCGAUGCGGUAGCACUCUGGGCGAGAGCAGAGCAACGACUGUGGACCAACAUAAUUGAAGAAGCAACGAUUGAGAUUGGUUAUGAGGUGAUGUAA